AUGGCCAACGAGGAACGACAUUCACUGUCGGACGAUUCACAAGCCAGGGCGGAAUCUCCAGAACCGAAUACCUUAGAAGAUGACAUCAAAGACCGCUGGAAGACAUGGGCAGGUCGUAAUCCUACAAAGGCCAAGAUUCCUAUACCGCAAAGAAAGGUUCGGAAGGGCCAUAAUAACGAGGCGAGGAAGAUACGUGAGAGCGAACAGCAGGCAAAGAGAGAGGCCAUGGCGAAGGAGAUCGAAGAAAUUCAGGAGCAGUAUUAUGAACAGCUCCGAGAGGUAGGGACGAAGUACGGGCGAUCCUUUGAGACGGUCGUGAAUUAUGUCUCCUACUCUUCAAGGUACAAGAAGCAACGUGCGCCCUCUCUAUACCUUGCCAAAGUCUCGGCAAAGGCUGAAGAAAUCAACAAAGAUAAGCCAAUCGGUGAUAGAGUUCAUUUGGAUGAGAUUCGGAAGAUGGUCAAAGAUGAGGAGGACGCCUCGGAUUAUGAAGGUAUGACAAAGGACGAGGAGAAGGCCCUAUUGGACCGUCUGCUGGAAAAAAGGACCAUCAAAGUUCAAGGGGCACGAAGGAGUAAUGAAGGAGCAGCCGUAGACUGCAGGCAAGUUAUCAACAGUGUAAAUUGUGAGAUCGAAGGAUUGGCUCACCGGACAGGUGCCCAGUUUGUGGGAUUCAUGUCGCGUAGCGAUAUUCAUGACACCUUUCAACCAACCCUUGUAAGUGAUUCACCAGCUUCACUGACAUUCUUCAAGCGCAUCGUCGGGAUGAGCGCCGAAGAAAUUCUUGUGAAGUUUGAACAAUUCUCUACAUCUCAUGCAAACUCUAUAGACAUGAAUGACAGAGAGGAUUCGAAGGAUGUACGAGUGCAGUGCACGGACUUGAUCUUACAGGGACUGCAUACGUUUCGCUACUCAAAUCUACGAAUGAACUAUGUCAACUACGAAACGGACAUCGUUGCUCGUCACCAUGUCAAGAUCGAUGGCUGGCCGAUUGGUAUCAAGUUCGAGAGUCUAUCUAACCUCAAGAACCUGCAAGAUCUGAGACGACUCCGCGAUGCGCUCAAGACGACAGCAUGUAAAUGGGUUUCAAUGAGCCAAGCACAGAUUGACAGACAUGCAAAAGAACUCGAACGUUGCGAGGAAGCCGGAGAGAUAAUCAAGAAAAAGAGGCAGGAACGCUCAGAUGCUCAUACCACCAAACCCAAGAACGCUGCAAAGAGGAAAAAACGAACCCGAAACAUGGACAACAACAGCAAAAGCGACGAGCACGAAGAGCGGGAGGACAGCAACGGCGACGGCGAAGAAAGUAAUAGUGAGAAUCGGAUGCUACCUCGCAAACACCCAUGGCGGUCUUCCAAGGAGAAUGUCGCCUUCAGAAGCUGUUCAGUCAUCGAUGAAGAUAGUACUUAA